AUUGCUCUUUGGCUCUGAACAGAAGCAACAGAAAUGGCAUCUCAAAAUCAAGAAAGUGAGGGAGGAGAAACUGUCAUGAGGUGCAGGUGGGUUAGGGUUUUGCCUAAUAGAUUAUGGGAUAAUAUAGUUGAGAUUGGAAAGAAAGGAAAGGAAAUUGGAAAGGAAGAUCCAAGAAGAAUUAUCCAUUCUCUAAAAGCAGGAUUAGCUCUCACUUUGGUUACUCUUUUAUACUCUAAUGAUCCACUCUAUGAGGGUUUUGGUGUUAAUGCAAUGUGGGCUGUUCUAACUGUUGUGGUUGUCUUUGAAUUUUCUGUUGGUGCAACACUCGGGAAAGGUUUCAAUAGGAUGGUAGCAACAUCCAUAGCUGGUUUUCUAGGCUUCGGAGCUCAUCGUUUGGCUGCCCUUUCCGGUCGCGGAGGAGAACCCAUCUUCAUUGCUUUCCUUGUCUUCAUAAUCUCUGCCAUAGCAACAUUUGCAAGAUUUUUCCCAGCAUUAAAGGCAAGGUACGAUUAUGGGCUAACCAUAUUCAUAUUGACCUUCUGUUUGGUAUCAGUUUCUGGUUACAGAGACGAGGAAUUAUUGGGCACGACUCACACAAGAGUAUCAACAAUAGCCAUUGGUAGUUUUACUGCUAUAUUUGUAUGCAUCGGUAUUUGCCCUGUUUGGAUCGGAGAGGAUCUUCACAAUUUGGUCGUUGGCAACAUUGAAAAGCUCGGAAACUUUUUGGAAGGAUUUGGGAACGAGUACUUUAAGGUGUCUGAAGAAAAGCAAUCUAAUAAUGACAAGCCAUUCCUUAAAAACUAUAAAAGUGUCCUUUCUUCCAAGAGCAGUGAAGAAUCCAUGGCUAAUUUAGCUAGAUGGGAACCUUGCCAUGGUCGAUUCAGGUUCUUUCAUCCUUGGAAACAAUACCUCAAAAUUGGAAGUCUAGCUCGGGAAUGUGCCUACAAAAUUGAAGCUCUUAACAACUACCUUAAUCCUCAUAUUCAAACUCCUAUGGAAAUCCAAAACAAAUUUGUGGAGCCAUGCACGAAGCUCAGCGUGGAAUGUGGUAAAGCACUAAAGGAAAUAGCGUCAGCAACCAAAAAAAUGAGAAGAUCAAACUCAGCUGCUAUCCACAUAGCAAAUGCAAAAGCUGCAGCCGAAAAUGUCAAAUUCCUUCUCCAAAUAAACCUUUCGGAAGGAGCACUUCUAGUUUAUAUAAUUCCAACAGCUACGGUGGCUACGCUUCUGCUAGAGGUUCUGCAAUGCAUUGAGAAAAUUUAUGAGGCUAUAAAUGAAUUGGCAGCAAAGGCUCAUUUCAAGAACGUAGACCCUACUGUGUCGCCGGAGCAACCACAUUUGCUUCACCGUGGAACUGUGAAACCGAUGCCCAAUAAUCUCGGUAUAAUAUCUCACGUCGUUACUAUCUAGGGAUAGUUCCAAACUUCAAAUUCUACUUUCAUAUAUAUAGUAUGGUAUAGAGGAAGAAACUGAAUAAUUCUCUUACUGUAUAUUUCAAGAAACCUUUCCUGCCAUAUAAAGGAAGGUUUCGAAAAUGCUACAAGUUUCCAGUUAAAUGUCUGUAAUUUAAGUGUUCUCUUGUAUUAUAUAUGCAAUAAUAGAGCUUACCAGAGA